AUGGUUGGGGGGGGUUGGGGACCGGGUGGACCACAAGCACCAGAUGUUUGGGGGCCUGGUGGACCACCGCCAGGAGGUUGGGGACCAGGAAGACCACCAGGGGGGUGGGUGCCAGGGGGACCUCCACCAUCAGGUGGCUGGGGACCGGGUGGGCCGCCACCAGAUGCAUUCUACGGUGGUCCAGAUCCAAAUUAUGUUGGUAAUCCAAUGGCUGGUAAUCCUCAAAUUCCCCCAAUGGGUUAUGGACCCAUGUCAGGCCCACCAGAUCCUCAAGGAUUUGCAACAAUGCCCAUGAUGCCAGGCUAUGGACCAGUGGGUGAAUAUGGUGCAGUGGCCAAUUAUGCCACUAUCCCUCCUCCGACGUGGCCAUCUGAGGCCAGCACUUGUGUUCCAUCAAACCAAGAAGUGAUUGUCAACCCUGCCCCAGACCAGCCAGCAUGGAUUAAAGCCUUGAUAUCUGGCCCGGAAAGCACUGAGAAAACCACUGAGUCCACAUCUCCGAAUGAGUCAAACCAGCCCAAGGAUGAGUCCAAGAAGCCCAAGAAUGAGUCCAAGGCCAGCACAAAGAAGGCUAAACCACAAGGAUUACUUGGGACAAGAACCUUUGACAAGCCUCCUCCUGGAAGAUCCACAGGGAUCAUUUCAUUCAUUGGGCCAAGCUACGGUUUUAUUGAAAGAGAAGACCUAAAGAAAUUCACCUUUAGCUUUGAUGCAUUUUUUGGGAGUCGAAAGGCCUUGGCACCAGGUGUCAGAGUUCACUUUACAGCAUGCAAAGAGAUGUCUAAUGAGAUUGCCACUGAUGUGAAAGUGGCCCCGGGUGGAACUGAGAAUGUUGACACUGAGAUAUACGAAGGAGUUGUCAUCGAAAGUUAUACUGAAGCGCAGAUUGGUGUAAGGCAGAAACCCGGAUAUAUAGAAGUCAAUGUUGGUCCUGAGAAAUCCAAGUUGCCUUACGAGAAACGAGACUGCACGGUCACUCUGUUGGCAGGGGACCAUGUUCUGAUCAAUCUCUUAACUGACAUAGUUACCCAGAACAAGAGAGCCACCAACAUCAAGCCAAAGAUUCCUGCCACGUUUAAACAUACAGAGGAGACGAGAGAAAAGGGUGCUAUCUUGGACAUGAAGGACACAGAAGGUAUAAUUGUGUCAGAGGACCACCCUAACCUGCCCUUUGACCUGACUGAAAACCUGGGUGAUACAGAGUUCAGCCCCACAGAUGAAGUGGAGUUUACUGUCAUCUCAGUUAAAGAGAAAAAGAAGGCUAUUCGAGUCAGAAAGCUGAAGGGAGGAUCCGUGAAAUUUGAUUCUGAGACCCAAAGUGUGCUGGAGGAGGUCAAGGAAAAAGAGGAGAUCAAGAAGAAAGAAGAGGUUGCUCUAGCCAAAGACAAGUGGAAGCCAGUGAGCUCGGAGUUGCCACCUGUGAUGACUGAGGUUGUGGAGGACAUCAGUAAGGAACAGUAUGAGGGAACAGUCCUCAAAGCUAUCCUCAAGAAUCCUCAGCAGCUGCCAGCAGAGGGACAAGAGUCUGAGAAGGGCAAGUUGGUGAUGACACUGGCAGGUGAACAGAAGCAGUUAACGUUUGAGCCACAAGACAUUCGGACCGCUGCCACCAUGUUGGACGGCGAUAAGAUCAAGUUCAACAUCUCGACCCACAGAGAAACCAAGAAAGAGCGGGCAGUCAACGUCAAUAUUUCACCAGAAACAUUUGCGGAAUCAACUGAACAACGUCGAACGGGUAUGGUGGUGGAGAUCGAGGACCUGUCGGGGGUCAUUAAAUGCCAGCAAAACCCUCAGCUUUUUUUCCACAUGUCUGAAGUGAUGGAGUUUAAAAAACUGGAGCUCAACGAAAAGGUGGAGUUCAGUGUCAUCCCACAUGAAACGGCGGAAGGUGGGAGUCAGGCAAUCAGGAUCAAACGUCUGACUGAGAGAGUCUUCCUCCCUGUGCCCAAGCUAGGGGGAGUGGGAACCAAAAAAAUAAAGAAGCAGAUGACUAUCAAGCUAAUGAAGGAUUCUACCACCAAUAUCGAUGACAAGGGCAAACCAGAGGACAUGAAAAAAAAACUUCCAACCGAGUCUGACAAAAUGAAAGCCGUUGUCAAAACCCUGAGGUCAAAGGACAACAAGCCCAGCACGGGACGUAAAGACAGCGACAGCAGGCGACGGCGAAACGAACGCAGCAAGAGCCGCAGCAGGAGUCCCGGUAAAGACGCGUUCGGCCGCCACAGGAGAGCGCCGAGCUUGAGCCGGGAGCAAGAUAGACACAGCCGGCCCAGGCGCAGUCGGAGCAGGGAGAGGUCGCGCAGACGCAGCCGCAGUCACAGCAGGAGCCGGAGCAGGAGCAGGGAGAGAAUGGGCUCCAAGGGACGCAGCAGCAGGGAGUAUGAGGGCAGCGGUCAGAGGAGGAGCCGGGACUCCAGCCUGCCUCCAGGGGAACCCAGGCACGGCGGAGGAGUGGACCAGGAGCUCGCCAGGAAGAAAAGGGAGCUUGAGGAACUCAAUGAUAUGAUCGCUCGCCGUAAAGCCAUGGUGACCAUGGCGCCGCCGAGGGGAGGCAUCGUGGAUAUGAGGCCAAUGGAAAAGACCUGCAUAGACUACGACCAUGGCAGGAUCGCUGUCCCAAUCACCGAAUUCAAGCCAGUGAAAUCCAUUCUGAAGAAACGCACUGAAAGUGUUUCUGGGCCUUUGUUCCCAAUUAAGAAUGAACCCCCUGAUCAUGACCAGUACCACUACAACCCACCUACACUUGACCAUAUUCAGUCAUUCGAUUCACCAGAACAAAGCCAUCUUUUGUAUACCCAGAGAUCCAGUAAAAUGUCAUAUUAUGACGAUUCCCCAUAUGAACAAACUUCGGCACAGGAUCAUUUUUAUCAAAGCCAAUCUCUUCAAGAACAUUCUGCUCCUGUCAACACACACACUGCUUAUCAGACUCCCCCAAGUCAACCUAAUCCCAGUCAACCCACUCCAAAUCAACUGUCACCUCAGCAAACUCCACCUAGCCAAUCUCCUCCAUGCCAAUCUCCCCCUGGUCAGCCUUCCUCCAAACAGAAUCCACAAAGCCUCCUUUCCAGCCAGUCCACCCUCCAUCCCAUUAUCCCUAAACAACCUUCCCCUGGCCCGUCUUCAUCAAGUAAACGUAAUUCCUCUCCUCCCAGCCAAAAGUCAUCCCCUGAAGAAAAACGUAACUUGACCACCCAGAUCAGCAGAUUUCUUAACAUCCUCAACAAAGGCGUGGACACCAGUCUUUUCUCAACAAUUGUUCAGGAGGCUCAAGAUGAGAUUUCAGUGUUGGCAGAGAACACCCAGGUAGUGCCACAGAGCCACCCUGAGCUAAAUGCUGGCAAAUACGACCCUCACAGUGUAAGAGAGGCAGACCCGGAGAAGACAUUCAGUUUCAGCCGCGACGUAUUAAAAUCUCCUGAUGAACACGACAGCUGCAAAACUACUGACCACAGUCAAGAUGAUCUGUUGCCGCAUGAGAGAGCUAUCCAGGAUGGUAGUGGAUUUUCUCGAAUACUGAGCAUGGCGCAGGAGAAAUAUUCUCCCAGUGCCUACCAGAAAGCAACCGACUUGGAUGAAGAUGAGAAGUUCCUCUACCAUGGUAAGGGCUCUGCAGCUGAUGGUGAACACUACAAAAGGUCCUCGGGGUCAAGGGAAAGGCAGAAACCAGUGAGGGAAGGCAGGAAAUUGAGUCCAACUAGACAGACCAGGGAGGGUAGUACCAGCAAAUCUGAGCAUUUUGACAAGAUCCAGAGCCUUCUCCGCACCAUCGGCCUGAAUCUUGACACAGGAGAGGUCUCCAAGCUGGCAGACAGGACCCAGGAGAGACUCUAUGGACGAACAGAGAAAUCAUCUUCAGAGCGCUCAGAGAGAGAGCGGGAACACUCGUCAUCGAGGAGAGAUGAUCGACAUCGGAGUCGUACGCGCUCCGCCGACUCUGAAAAUCUCCGGUCCACCUCCCCUGCAAGGUUGUCCAGUCGAAAACCAUACUCCAGCUACGAGCCUACGUCCGAAUAUAGUGGGUUCCUUGACCAGAAAGAAGAGGAAGCCUUGGAGAAGGCUAGACAGAUGCAGAGCCUCACCAAGACUGUGAGGAACGCACCCGAACAGACAAUGCCCAUCACCCCUCCGUCUAACCCCACCCCUGUCACGUCCUCAUCGUCACUGUACCCAGAUCAACUGCCUGGCUAUUCUUAUUCCACCACCGACUAUGGCUGGCACCAGGGGGCUAGCACACAGUAUACCAUACCACCAACCUCUGCUGCUCCCUCCUCAUGUCAACAGGCACCUGGGGUGUACCAGCAAGCACAAUACUCUUCCUACGUUGGACACACAUCUAGCCUGCCUACCCAUUAUUACGGGCAGCCACCAGCAGGUCCUCCCCCCGUAUCUCCUUAUCCAUUACAUUCUUUAGCUCCCAUAGUUCAGUCUACUUCCCUUGCAAAACCUCAACAAGUAAAUACCUUGAUACAGGUUACGCCAAUGACUUCCACAAGUGAUGACUCCAAGCAGACGGUUGUAGCCACAUCCGUCUCUAGGUGCCUCAAGGUCAUUGAAACUGUCAAAAACAAGACGGUACAGAAAGAGUCGCCUAAACCAGGGAAGGUGGUCCAGUUCAAUUUGCAGUCCUCCGAGGCAGCACAGCCGCAUGCUGCAUCAACCGUGGGUAAACAAGCCUCGUCAGGAUCAGAGGAUGAUAUCGAGGCCAAACAAAAAAAACGGCUGGAACAAUUUAACCAGAGGAUGAUGGAGAAGAGUAAGCAACAAUUUACCCAGAGGAUGAUUGAUAAGCAGCAAAUGAAGGAUUUGCGGGCUCGAAACAAAAAUCAGAACAACCCACCAGGCAAAGUUAUCAGCACCGAGCCUAAGAACAUAUGGAUUUGUGGUCACUCGCUUAUUUAUUGGGCAGAGAUGAGGGCCAAGUCACCCGAGGUAGGUAUGCAGCUGGGCAUGGACCCCAGCAGUGUGGUUGUGUGGUGGAAGGGCAUGCAGGGCAUGACAUGGCCACAGCUCCUGCCCCAGCUGCUCCAGCUAAAGAUCAAGUGGCCUAACCCAGAUGUGAUCAUCAUGCACCUGGGUGGCAAUGAUCUGGGCACUGAUAGCCCUACUGAUCUUCUAGCCUCUGUGAAAAAAGACCUGACCUCCAUGAGAAGUAUUUUCCCACAAUGCCUGUUGGUCUGGUCAGAUAUCCUGCCCCGGAGGGUCUGGAGGCACUCCGAGGACAGUCUUGAAGUGGACCUGGUCAGAGCCACCGUCAACCGCAGGGUUCACAGCAUUAUAGCUGAGCUAGGUGGCACUGCUCUUACCCAUGACAACAUCAGGUGUGGUACUGAUACAGGCCUGUACAGGCCUGAUGGAGUUCAUUUGUCUGGGAAAGGUAUUGAUACCUACAACCUGAACCUGCAGGACUUUCUGGAGAAGUGGGAGAUGGAGGCAAAUAAUGCCACUGAGUAAAGUUAGGUGUCCUUCAAUUGGACUAUGUUUUUAUCAUUUCUGUUUAUUCAGUGCUUAGUUCCAUAAUGACCUGAACACUCGCACACAUUUGUGUAUCUGUGAUGAUUUGAUUGACACUAACUGCUGAGCAAGUUUGGUCUUGGAGAAAAAUAGUUUUAAACUUAAUUCAAUCAACAACUGACUAUCAGGGACAUCAAUUACAUUAAAUGCAUUUAUGGUUGUGUUUAAGGUCAUAAAUGUUUCUGCAGUAUUGUAAUUCAAUGUGCCUGAAGAUGCAUCGUAGGCCAACAAAAUAUCAAUGUAAGUGUAGAUUAGAAUGUUUUAAUAAACUAGUUAUCAGUUCGUUCAGUAUAAUCAAUUAUAAAUAUUUUCCUCACUAUUUGCCUGACUGUUUCUGGUUACUGACUGGUAUUCAGCAUAUUUUGAUUUGAGCACACAUUAGUUUGUCUGCCAAGAAAAUAAACUUGAUGAUUGGGAA